AUGGGAAUGUCGCGAAUCUCAGUGUAUUGUCUGGUGUUGUCGCUGAACGUGCUACUCUUAACGGCGUUACCUACAAACGCCCGAACCCCGCUCAUCUCGUCCUUCAACUUCCAGCCAGCGAACGGUUUGUUCAGUGGCUACCGUCGCAGUUCUGAAUUCCUACAGAAGCGCGACAUCGACGACAUUUACCAGAUGGACCCAUACGAGCUGGGAAUAAAGUUUGGGAGAAGAAAAUGA